GUCCCCACACUAAACGCUUCCCAUCUCUCUAAAAUUCAUUAACUUUCUCUCUGUAGUUGAUAUGUAAAACCCAUUAAAAAGUGCUGAAAUUCCAUUGAUUUCAUUGUUUGCCUUCUUUUAGAGCAGCAAAAAACCUUCAAAAGUUCUUUCCAAUCCAUGGAUACUUCUUCUAGCUUUCUUUCUUGUGCUCUUUUCAUCUACAUUUCCUUGUUUCUAAGCUUCACUUCAGCUGAAGAUCCAACCGUUACAUACCAUUUUGAUAUUUCUUACAUCACUGCUUCACCUCUUGGAGUCCCGCAACAGGUUAUUGCUAUAAAUGGGAAAUUUCCAGGCCCUACAAUAAAUUCAACUACCAACAACAACGUUGUUGUCAAUGUGAGGAACAAAUUAGAUGAAGACCUUCUUCUUACUUGGGCUGGCGUACAGCAAAAACGGAGUUCUUGGCAAGAUGGUGUUCUUGGUACUACUUGCCCAAUACCCCCAAAAUGGAACUGGACUUACAACUUUCAAGUUAAAGAUCAAAUCGGGAGCUACUUCUACUUCCCCUCUCUCAAUUUUCAAAGAGCAUCCGGUGGAUUUGGUGGAUUCAUAAUCAACCCACGCUCCGUCAUUCCUAUCCCAUUUGACAACCCAGCUGGCGAUAUCACAAUCUUGAUAGGUGACUGGUACAUAAGAAACCACACAGCUUUAAGACACACUCUUGAUGCUGGACAUGAUCUUGGAAUGCCUGAUGGUGUUCUUAUCAAUGGCAAAGGCCCAUAUAGAUACAAUGACACUCUUGUUCCUGAUAAAAUCGAUCAUGAAACCAUAAAUGUUGAACCAGGAAAAACAUAUCGCAUUCGUGUGAGCAAUGUUGGAGUAUCAACUAGUUUGAACUUCAGAAUUCAAAACCAUAACUUGCUUUUAGCAGAAACAGAGGGCUCAUAUACAGUGCAACAAAACUAUACAAGCUUAGACAUACAUGUGGGACAAACAUACUCAUUUUUAGUCACAAUGGAUCAAAAUGCAAGUAGUGAUUACUACAUUGUUGCUAGUGCAAGAUUUGUUAAUGAGUCCACAUGGCAACGCGUUACUGGUGUUGGUGUAUUGCAUUACUCCAAUUCCAAAGGAAAAGCAUCUGGUCCUCUUCCUCAACCUCCUCAAGAUCAAUUUGACAAUACUUUCUCCAUGAAUCAAGCAAGAUCCAUUAGGUGGAAUGUGUCAGCUAGUGGGGCCCGCCCAAACCCGCAAGGGUCAUUUAGAUACGGGUCUAUAAAUGUGACUGAAGUUUACAUACUUAAAAACAAAGCACCCGUGACAAUUAAUGGAAAGAGAAGGGCAACACUAAGUGGGAUCUCAUUUGUGAAUCCCACAACACCAAUUCGGUUAGCAGAUGAGUUUAAAGUUAAGGGAGCGUAUAAACUUGAUUUUCCAACUGAGCCACUCACGGGACCUUCUAGAAUGGAAACAUCGGUUAUUAAUGGAACAUAUCGUGGAUUUAUGGAAGUUAUAUUACAAAACAAUGAAACCAAAAUGCAUAGCUACCAUGUGGAUGGAUACGCGUUUUUUGUUGUUGGAAUGGGGUAUGGUGAGUGGACAAAUGAUAGUAGGGGACAAUACAAUAAGUGGGAUGGUAUUGCUCGUGCAACAACACAGGUUUAUCCUGGUGCAUGGACAGCAGUCUUGAUCUCUCUUGACAACGUAGGAAUUUGGAAUCUAAGAACAGAAAAUCUCGACUCAUGGUAUCUUGGUCAAGAAACAUAUAUUAGGAUUGUUAAUCCUGAAAAAAACAACAAAACAGAGUUGCCAAUUCCCGAUAAUGCCCUUUUCUGUGGUGCCCUUAGCCGUAUGCAAAAGCCACAAGAUAUUUCUUCAGGAUUAAAAGGGCAUGGAUCGAUGGUGGUGGUGUUGAGUUUGAGUCUAAUAAUGGCGAUUUUGAGUGGUUUUGUGGUCUAAUUUAAUUGAUUGAAUCUUUAAUUAUGUUGCGUUUAGUUAUUUGGUAAAUUCCUAGGAAUUGGUGUUUUAGGUUGUGGGGAUUUCUUCUCAUCAUUCUUUUAUUUUACUUGAUUGAUUGUGUUUGUGUAGUUGAGGGGGAUGUUGUGUAAAAUGUGGUGUUUAAUCUUUAUAAGCAA